GGAAAUUCACCCCCCAGAGGGCUUGCAGGAUGGUCUGAGUUGGAAGAGACUUUAAAGCUCAUCUCAUUCCACCCCUGCCACAAGCAGGGGCACCUUGCACUGCACCAGGUCACUCCAAGUCCCUGGAUGGGGGAAAGCAUCAGAAAAAAAGGCAAGACUUGUGGGUUGACAUAAACACAGUUGAAUAGGACAGAUAAGGAAAAUUACAGUAACCACACAGGAAUAUCCAAAGCCAGUGCUGCACAGGGUGCUAGCUCACCACCCUCUGAGCAAUGCCCAGCCAGCCCCUGAGUGGUGGCCCUCACCCCUCGGCCAAAUCACCCCAGUGUUUCCUUCAGCACCGUGCCCUGUGCUCUGCAACAUCCCUCGGGCACUGGGGCAGCUCUCCUGGCUCUGCCCCCUCACAGCUCCUCGCUGCCGGGCCAGCCUGGGAGCCUGAGAACUCCUUGGCUUAGUGGAAGCACUGCUCAGUAUCCAGCUCAACCAUCCAGCUCUUAUCAACAGCAGCCUCAUCCUGAACUCAAACAUAGCUCUGAACCCACUCCUGGGAAGAACAUUGCCUCUGUCCCAGGCAGAGCCAGCACAGGAGCCUUGCUCGCUGGCCGGCUCGGCCUCGCCCGAGGGGGAGCUGCCCCGUGGGCGGGGCCUGUAUACCAAUGAGAUCGCGGUGUAAUGGGCGGGGCCUGUAUGCAAAUGAAUCGCUGUGUGAUGGGCGGGGCCUGUAUGCAAAUCAGACCGCUCAGUGAUGUGCGGGGCCUGUAUGAAAACGAGACCGCGAUGUGGUGGGCGGGCCUAGCGCGGCUCUCGGGGGAUCGGGGGACUUGCCGGGAGUGGCACGGGGAGGAACGGAAUGGGAAUAGGGGAGAUCGGGGGUGACCGAAGGGGACACUGGGAAGACCGCGGAGGGGGGGAACAGAGUGGGACACGGCGAAGACGGGGGGUGGGGAACGGAGGGGGACACGGGAGGAUACACGGGAUAGGGGCGUCCCGAGUGAACGGGGAGGAGAUGGCAGUCCCCGGGGAUGCACCGGAGGGCUCAGGGCGGACCGGGCAUCAGGGUGCACCGGGGAAAUCCAGGCGCACGGAGGCGCUUCCGCGAGGGUGCAGCGAGGUCCAGAGCCCGCAGCGCCGCCUGCUUCGGACCCGCGGCUGCCCCCGCCCCGCGCCGCCCGCCCCGGAGCCCCCCAAGCCCAGGCCCGGCGCCCCGUGCCGCCACUCGCCGCCCCGGCAGCGCGACUCACCGAGUGACCGGGCACGGUCCCCACCCAGCCCCAGACCACCCCGGCCGAUCCCGGCCCCGGCAGCCCCACCGCUCCCGAGCAGCUCUCGAUGGGUCCCGCCCCGUCUGGCCCCACAUCCCGGCCAGGGUCGCCCCGGUACCCCCCGAGCAUCCCCCCACCCAUCAGCCCGGUGCAGGAGUCCCCGGCCGGCUCAGGGGCGCAGGCAGGACCCGGCAGCACCACUGAGGGCAGGUGUGCUGGAGGAGAGUACUUUGUGCUGGUCCCGACAACCAGAAGCGGACUCUGCAGUCAAAAGUGGGGGCACGGCUGGUACCUCAUCCCGGAUCCGACCAGGACCCAGCCGAAGACGGGCUCCCAGCAACCCUGCCCUAAAUAACCAGCCCAUUUUACCCCCGUGCCCUCUUUUCCCCUUCCC